AUGGAACGUUGGUCUAGCGUUUUGAAGAUUCCCUUGAAUGCUACCACUAGUAACCACUACAAAAUUGCAGCUUCUCUCUGCCUAUCUGAAGUACCUUCUGCAAACGCGAUAUUCUUCCAUGGAGACAGAGUUCGAGAUACUGGGAAUCAUGUGAUAGAGAGGCUUUAUGAUUUACAGACAGUUGCUGACAUCAUAGUUUCUAAAUUUGGAAACUCUGUUAACGCUUGGGUUGUUGAGGCUUCUGUCUUUAACGGACCCUUUGCUAUCUACAAGGACUUUGUUCCUUCAAUGAACCGAUACGGAGAGCCAACAACACCUUAUUCUCCUAUUGGCUUACCAGCUUCUUCAUCCAUUGUCUCUCUCUUAUCCACUUUCCUUCAAGAGGUACUCUUUGAUGCUAUAAGCUAG